AUGGCUACCACAAUUCUUCGGCUCGCUCGUUUCUCACAGCGUGCCUCCUUCUCUAGGUCUACAUUAGCAGCGAAUACCUCUCAGCAACGGGCUAUGUCACUACAGUCCUAUGUAGUUACGCCAAAGGAGCUCCAUGAGGCCUUAAAGGAGAAUGUGCCAACAAAAAUAUCCUCUUCUCCUCGGGUUAUUCCACUAUGUGCCGCUUGGUUCAUGCCCAAUGAUCCAGAGGGUCGCACUGGGCUCAUGGCAUUUAAGAAGAAAAGAAUCCCUAAUGCGCGCUUCUUCGACAUUGAUGUUGUGAAAGAUACCAGUUCCCCUUAUCCUCAUAUGCUUCCGUCGAAGGAGAAAUUUGCUGAAGCCAUGCAAUCAAUGGGAAUUCGUCGUGAUGAUCGAGUGGUAGUAUACGAUACGGAAGAACAAGGGAUACUCAGUGCUCCUCGCGUUGGAUGGACCCUCAGAGUAUUUGGACACCCAAAUGUGCAUGUUUUGAAUAAUUUCAGGAUGUGGGUUAGGGAAGGGUACCCUGUCGAGGAAGGCGAAGUGACUCCCAAUGAGCCAUCAGACUACAUAGUGGAUGAAUACCAUCCGAACAGAGUGGUCCUCUUUGAAGAGAUGAAGGAAAUGGGGCAAGAUUACGGGAAAGAAGGUUCCGAUGCGGUCCAGAUCUUAGACGCCCGGCCUGCUGGUCGAUGGGCGGGAACAGACAAGGAGCCCAGAGCUGGGCUUUCCUCGGGUCAUAUGCCGGGAUCACAGUGCAUACCACUUGGAGAAUACCUUGACCCAGAGACGAAAACACUGCGCUCUCCUGACGAGUUACGGCAAUUAUUCGAGUCAAAGGGAGUUGAUCGAAAUCGGCCGGUAAUCACCACUUGUGGAUCUGGAGUUACGGCUGCCGUUAUUGAUCUUGCAUUGGAACAGGCGGAUUACAUCCCCCAGGAAAACAGACGAGUGUAUGACGGAAGUUGGACUGAAUGGGCGUCGAGAGUGACGGAAGAGAGUGGCCUUAUCCGGAAGAUCUAA